AUGAGCAAUUCUAAUAUUCCGAAGGGGCCUUACUACAUUGGCUACAAGGACAACAUGUACAAGGUCGACCCUGUUAUUUUUGCCCAGCACUCAGGAAAAUUCGCGCGUGAUUGUUUAAUUCAGAGAGAUCAUAUGGAAUUUAACGAAGUUGUUUCAGAUGAAACAUUUAAAGCAUUUUUAUCAUCAUGCCAACUCCGCAACUUCCAACUCCAGCCUCUUUAUGCGCUUGAGCUUUUGGAUGUUGCUAGAAAAUGGGAUUGCCCUAAUCUUGAGAGAUACUGCCAAGAUUUGUGCAAAGAAAACGGAAUAGUUUACAGACCAAAGAACGAUGUUCUCGGAAACCUUCUCAAAAACAUUGAUGAAGGAACUGCUAAAAGAUCUGAUCUUCAGGCAGUUGCUAACGUUUUUGAUGAAGUGAUGGAUGAUGACCGUCUUCCAGAUGUAGAGCCAGAAAUCCUAUUCAGGAUUGUACUUAUGGCCGAGAAGAAAGGAUUUGAUAUGGAAAAGUACAUUAAAUUUGUUAUGCGUAUUAUCAAGACAGAACCAGAAACAGCAAUUCUUCUCAUCCUCAGAAUUAACUUCGAUUUACUUCCAGAGGACCAAGAAAAUUAUAUCUUCCAUUGCCCAAUGAUCCAUGAACAAUCAAUCAACUUUUUCGUUGCUAUGGCUCUUUCUAGUGUUCGUUGGCAUGCUCGCACAGAACUUGAGGCCACAACAAACUACCAUAUCGAUUUAUUGAAUGAUUUCCUUAAGAAUAUCGAAGUUACAAAAGCCAAUCUUAUCAAGCAGCUUGCAGACGAGCAUGAUGAGCAAAUGGAUGAAAUCAUGACCGUUCUCGAAAAGCAGCAUGCGAUUAUCGAAGAUCUUUCAGACAUUCUUGCAGAACAAGCUCAGAAACUUGAAACAGGCCCACUCUCUGUUAAUGGCCAAGGUGAUGAACGCGUAAAUAAAAUACGCCAUGAUGCCGAAAAUGAUAUCAGACGUUAUACAGAGGCCGUCAACGACCAACUUAACGAGAAUCGUGCUCGUUUCAUGAACAACAUUGAAGAAACCAUCGAAAACGUUAAAAAUGAGUGGAUUAAGAACAUGACAGAUCCAGUUCGUGUCAAAGAAGCUCACGAGAAGAAGCUUAACGAGAUCGACCAACAGUGCAACAAGCAACAACAGCAACUCGACCAGAUUCAAGGCGAAGUCGACACAAUUAAGGCUACAUUACUAGCAAAGAUCGUUAAGGACAAAUUACAGGGUGCACGCGGAAUCAGAGACACAACAAACGCUUACGACGUGUUCGAUGGCGCUGAAAAGAUCUGGAACUUGUCUUCUGAUGACGUGAAGAGAGCUGAGAGAGAUGUUAUAGAUGUUAUAGAGCACAGAAUAGAGGCAGAAUGCCCAAUGCGCGCUCCUGUAAUGAACGACGACUAA